AUGUCUGCCAAAAGGGAAUCGAGAGAUGAUGAUGCCAAAACUAAUCUCAUUGUAAACUAUUUGCCUCAAGAAAUGACGGAUGAGCACUUUAGAGUGCUGUUUGCAAAAUAUGGCGAUAUCCGUUCGGCAAGGAUUAUAAGAAACAAAAACACCAAUUACUCCUAUGGCUUUGGAUUUGUAGAUUAUUUCAAUCCGGAAGAUGCCGAACAAGCCAUUGAACAUUUGAAUGGCUCUGUUCAGAAUGGAAAGUCCAUCAAAGUGGCAUUUGCUAGGCCAUCGAGCGAUGAGAUUAAAAAUGCAAAUCUGUACAUCACAAAUCUGCCGCCCAAUUUCACCGAAAGCAAAGUUACCAAUUUAUUUUCUCCUUACGGUGAGAUUAUACAGUGCAGACUUCUCGGGGGAAAUCGCCAAGGUUCGGCCUUUGUGCUUUUUAAUCUCCAUGAGCAAGCUCGAAAAGCUAUGAAGGCUCUGGACGAUCACCAGAUACAGGGAACAGAUUGCAGAAUCUCGGUAAAAUUGGCUUCAAGUGAGUCAUUCAAAAAGGGCUUUAACCGACAAGAGAGAACCAAUUACAAUGGAAACUACUCUGGCAACCAGCACUCCAAUGGCAAGUACCAUAACCGUCACAAACCUUCUGGUCCAAUUCGCAGUACAUCUCAUAGCAAUCGCUACAAUCCCAUGUCGCAGCAAUACGGCUUUUCCCCUGACAUGCUUCCGAACAUGUACGGCUCCGGCAACCAGUACUACCAAUCUUCGCAUAAUAACUACGAUAAUCAUUACGAUGACGAUGAUGGCGGCGGCGGAGAGCACAUUCUCUUUGUUUACAAUAUUGGUCCAGACCCCGAUGAGUCUGAGCUCAUUCAGCUUUUUGGCGAAUGUCGGGGAUACGCGUUUAUCACCAUGAACUCACAUCAUUCGGCACUGAGGGCAAUUGACGGACUGAACGGCUACCAGUACUACACCAAGCCACUGCAAGUGUCAUUUAAGAAAGUGUAA